AACCCUAAAUUUCAUUUCUGGGUAUCAAAUAUGAAAGAAAAAAAGUCUUGAAAACCCUAAAUAGAGAGAAUCCGAGAUUCAAUCCACAACCCAUCUCUGUUCGUGUGUGUGUUUUUUCUCAAAAAUUUCAAGAUUUUUUUUCUUGUAUGAUCUUGACGCAACAUCACUACAAGUUUCUUUCUUUCUUUCUUUCUUCUUUAUUUCGACUUCAGUAUUGAUUUUGAUUCGGUUUUGGGUGUUGAAGAACUUCAAGAUUUGGGUUUCUUGUUGGUGAAAUCUUGAAGAGAUAUGGGGAGGGGAAGAGUGGAACUGAAGAGGAUCGAAAAUAAGAUAAAUCGGCAGGUGACUUUUGCUAAAAGAAGAAAUGGACUUCUGAAGAAAGCCUAUGAACUCUCUGUUCUUUGUGAUGCCGAAGUCGCUCUUAUCAUCUUUUCGAAUCGUGGGAAGCUUUAUGAGUUCUGCAGCACUUCCAAUAUGCUCAAGAUGCUCGAAAGGUAUCAGAAUUGCACUUAUAGUUCAAUGGAAGUGAAUCGGACCGCUAAUGAUGCCGAGCAAAGCAGCUACAAGGAGUACAUGAAACUAAAAGCCAAAUACGAGUCUCUACAACAAUACCAAAGGCAACUAUUUGGGGAAGAUUUAGGGCCACUAAAUCUAAAAGAGCUCGAGCAACUCGAGCGCCAACUUGACUCCACUCUGAGGCAAAUUCGUUCCAUAAGGACUCAAUCAAUGUUGGAUCGUCUUUCUGAUCUUCAAGUAAAGGAAAGGAUGUGGCUUGAAGCUAAUAAAGCUUUGCAGAAUAAGUUGGAAGAAUUUUAUGCAGAAAACCAAGCAGGGCCUUCAUGGGCAGGAGGAGAAAAUGGUAAUUCAUUUGCGCAACAUCAUCAACAUCACCAGGAUCAGCAUCCUCAACCUCAGGGCUUCUUUCAGCCUCUAGACUGCAACUCUAAUUUGCAAAUGGGGUAUAACACAAUAGGUUCAAGCCAGAUAGCAGCAUCAACAAGUGGACAAAAUGUCAAUGGAAUAGUGCCUGGAUGGAUGCUUUGAAAAUGGAUUUCAGUUUGACUUUUCACAUUGACAUGGUCAAUGAAGCUCUAUUAAUCUGGUCAACCCUCUCGAUCCUUUUUUGGUGAUAUAAAAUCUACAAUAAGCAUGAUCUAUAAUAAUUUUGGCUGAAUUAUGUGUGAUAUGUAAGAACCUAGUACCAUUGAAGAAACACAAAAAGGAACAACCUUUUUUUUUUUUAAUUUACAAAGUCUUAAGUUUUUUGUGUGCAUAUUAUAAUUUCCCUAAACGUUGGAUAUGUUCUUUGUUCAUGUUUC